AUGAAGUUCUCCAUCGCUCUCUUGUCCGCCUUGGCCGUCACCGCCAACGCCCGAUCCAUCUCUAGCAAACGACAGACGUCUACCUACUCCAAGUGUGCUACCAACGCUGACUGCACCGCCCCGGAAGUCUGUUUCACGUACAUCGAGUACGACCCGAAUUUCAUCAACCCAAACGUCUCGUUGUGUCAGAUCAGGGGCGUCGCUGGCAACACCUGUAACGUCGACUCGGACUGUAUCCCUACCGAGGAAUGCACCACCUUCGGCAGGAACCGAGCCUGUGCUCCCAAGAGGGUGAUCAAGGAGCUGGAUGCGUGCACGACCUCGGACCAGUGUCUCCCCACUCAGACAUGUGUGCAUUACGACAACACCUUCAGGGCUUGUAUCAGCAACUUCAACGCUUCGGCUUCCAUUGGAGACAGCUGCACGGCCAACUCGAGCUGUCCUUACUCGGCCGAUUGUACCGAAGGAAAGUGUACCGCCAACGGCCGAGGUGAAGUGCCUCCCGAUUACUUUGGGUUGCCUUACCCUGUCAACGCGACGGCAACCACCUUGCCCGUCUCUACGGCUACGGCUACCGAAACUGCUAGUAUCACCGCCAAUGCUACCUCGGUCGCCACUUCGACUGCCACUUCUAGCGUUGCUGCGUCGAGCUUUAUGACUAGCAGUGCUGCCCAGUCCACACAGGCCGAAUCCACCAAGGAGGCCGCCAGCCAAGGAGUUCCUUCUACCUCCGUCGUUUCGGCUCCUGUCGUCCAGUCGACCACCUCGGAGCACGCCUCGCCUGCCACCUCCAAGGCCGCCGAACCUGUCAGCUCGAAGCCCGCCACUACCGAGACCCAAGCUCCCGGAUCUUCCGCCGCUCCCGCCGCUUCGAGCGCUGUCGUUGUCGCCCCGGUCCCCGUUCAAGAGACCCACGCCCAACCUCAGGCCACUACCACUCACCCUGCUCCUGCUCCUGCUGGCUCCACCUCGGCUGGCCCUCAACCCAGCGCCGUCACUAUUCCCGACGCCCAGGCCGCUGCCCCUGUUCCCGCUCCUGCCCCUGUCUGCCCUCCGGUCAUCGACCUGUCCGAGGUCUUGCAUUACUUGAAGGACAUCAAGAAGGAACUCGAAGGAGUCAAGGCGGAUCUCGCCGCUACCAAGUCCGAGUUGGAUUGCGUCAAGACCGGACUGUUGGACGUCAAGAAGGUUAUCAAGGCUUAG